AUGCGUCUAUUCGCAAGCUAUAAUUAUCUUCAUCAGCAGGUAUUACGGGUGUGGGGGCGGUGUUCGAAUCGGGAGUUGGUGGUGUUCAUUGACAAGAUGCGGCUAUAUACUGCUUUCAAUUCGGUACUUUCGGUGGAAAACAACGAGUAUGUACAAGUACGGAAUUGCUUGGUGGUAAUGACGAAGCUCGCUCCAUGUUUCCCACUCUUGAAGGAUUUGGUGGAAAAUGUAGAGAAGUUGGCUGAGAAAGUUCGAGACACCGAGAAAGGAAAAAGAGAUGAGCUGUCAUUGAAAGCUGCAAGCUAUCUAGUCCGACUGAAAAUGCGCAAUGUUCCAAUCUUCGAGGCAUCCCAAUUCCAUCGUCCUUUGCUAAAACAUCCUGUGAAACAGAAUUCUGUUUUGGAACGGAAGCGAGUUGCUCCGGCUCCGGGUAUUGAAGCAAAGAAGAAGGUGAAAGUGGAAAAGCCGAAGAGUGUAGAACGAAAAGAACCGGAAAGAAAGGAUUUACCGAAAGUAGAAAAGCGGGAAAAGAAGGAAGAGCAGGUGGUGGUCAAGGAGGUGAAAAAAGAAGCGGUCGAGCGUGAGGAAGGUGAAGUUCCACCCAGUCCUCCACACAAAAAGUCUCGUGCUCAGUCGGUUGACAAAUCACCUGCUAAUGGCGGGUCAAAAGAGCGAAAGGAGGCGACGGCGACCAUUGCGAAAGAGGUUAAGGAUGAUAAAAAAGAUUUCAAAGAGCCCAAGGAGAAGCGAGAAGAGGAAAAGAAGGAAACGCGAACGAAAAGGGAUGCAACGCCAUCGAAGAAAGAGGAGCCUGCGAGGGAUAUGGACAGGCGGAAGGAUCGAGGUCUCGAUGAUGAGGAAAUCGGACCAGCGUUACCACCAACAAUGAGAGAGGACCGAACGGAUGAUCGAAAACGCGACCAGAAAGCUCACAAAAGAUCCGCUCGAGAUGAGGAGCAGAAUGGGCAUUCAAAAGUUGCGCGAAAGGACCGUGAUCAGAUCGAAUCAAGAUUAUCCCGACCUGUGUCACAUGAGCGCAGAGCCCCGUCACCUGUACGAGAAAAGGAGAGGCGAGAUGAAAAGAAAGAUAGGCGGAAAGAUAGUAAACCAGUGCGUAAGUAG